AGCCCCUGCUGUCCUGCUCCUCCCAGCUCUGCUAUAUUGGGGGAGGGGUCGCGGCUCUGUUCAGCGGGACGCCCAGUGACGUCAGCAGUAACGCCAGGGACCCUCAGGGCUCAUCCCUAACCUUUAUGUUCGCUGGAAUCUGACUUAGAUCCGGUGAUGAUGGAGUUAACGGUUGACCCUUUGGGGAACCGGUGCCCUUAGCCAAGAGGCCUGUCAGGCCAUUGACUACUUAGCAGGGUCUCAGUUCCCUCCUCUGCUGGAAGGUGGGGAGGUAAGGGUGGUGUUGAGGGAUCCAGCUGCCUGGAGUGGCCAGAACAGCUGGAAACCCUGGGUACACCUAUGACUGUGGACUGAGAUGUCUGUGUGCUAGGAACCAAUGCAAACUUGAGUAAAUGCUUGUUGUAGUUUGCACAUUUAAGAGUGGGCAGAGGAUGUACAAAGCAACCUAGGCCUGGCAAGCCCUGUGGGCAAGAAUCUGGGGAGAACCUCUGGAGAUAGUGGCCAUUGGACCCACACUUUGGGGGAAAAGCUCCAGGGCAGGGUGGACAUCAAUACAGCUAGGUAGAAAAAGACCAGGGAAUGAACCUGAAGAUGCCUAACCAAGCCACACAGAUCUCGGCCUCAUCUUUGUGAAGGAAGCUGGUGAGCUGAGGAUUUAGUGGGAGGGGAGCAAGUGUCUCUCCUCUCAAAGUCUCAGAGCAGUGACACUGACACACAACAUCCUGGUCCACUCCACCUGAUGGAUCCAGAACUCCCUUUUCAGUCCUACUCCUGUCUCCUGCCUACAGAGGCCCUCUGCCUCUUCAUAUGCGUGGGCAACUAUUUCUGUCAGAUCCCGGGCCAAGGAUCUGAGACAGAUCUCAGCCCCCAAGAAAGUCUAGGGGUCAUCCCAAUCCAUGUACCUUGUUAGCUGUGGCAUCUUCAAGACAUCCUGCCACAACUCUAUCCCUAAGAGAUAUGUCUGGACCCAGAGCUGACCCAAUACCCAAUAAAGCCAGCCCCCGUCAGCUGCCCUUGUGGGUUCAACUGACUUCCUGAGCAAUUUGUUUCUGUCUGAGAUCAACCAGGAUGGAGUGAAGACAGGGAGCCCCGCUGUUGAAGGUCGAUCAUGAGGGCAGCUGGCUCUGACUCCUCCUAGAUGGUGAGAAGCUGACCGGUGUGACCGAUAGCCGGGGAGUCCGAGUGGCAUCAUCCACACGGAGGGCAGAGGAUUCUAGUGAAAGUCAUGAAGAUGAACAGGCGCCCGAAGGGCGGGGCCCAAACAUGCUGUUUCCUGGAGGAGCUAGGAAGCCACCCCCACUGAACCUCACCCACCAGACACCCCCAUGGCGGGAAGAGUUCAAAGGACAGGUGAACCUACACGUGUUUGAGGACUGGUGUGGAGGUGCUGUGGGCCACUUGAGGAGGAACCUGCACUUCCCACUCUUUCCUCAUACUCGGACUACCGUGACAAAGUUAGCUGUGUCCCCUAAGUGGAAGAACUAUGGACUCCGGAUUUUUGGCUUCAUCCACCCAGCCAGAGAUGGAGACAUCCAGUUCUCUGUGGCUUCGGAUGACAACUCUGAGUUCUGGCUGAGCUUGGAUGAGAGCCCAGCAGCCGCCCAGCUUGUAGCCUUUGUGGGCAAGACUGGCUCUGAGUGGACCGCGCCUGGAGAAUUCACCAAGUUCAGCUCACAGGUGUCUAAGCCACGGCGGCUCAUGGCCUCCCGGAGAUACUACUUUGAGCUGCUUCACAAGCAAGAUGACAAGGGUUCAGACCAUGUGGAAGUGGGUUGGCGAGCUUUCCUGCCUGGUCUGAAGUUCGAGAUCAUUGGUUCUGCUCACAUUUCCCUGUACACAGAUGAGUCAUCUCUGAAGAUGGACCAUGUAGCCCAUGUGCCUCAGUCUCCAGCCAGCCAUGUAGGAGGAUUCCCACCACAGGAGGAACCCAGCGCCGACAUGCUACACCCAGACCCGAGGGACACCUUCUUCCUCACUCCUCGGAUGGAACCUUUGAGCCUGGAGAAUGUACUGGAGCCCUGUGCUUAUGCACCCACCUAUGUCCUCAAGGAUUUCCCCAUAGCCAGAUACCAAGGACUACAGUUUGUGUACCUGUCCUUCAUCUACCCCAAUGACCAUACCCGUCUCACUCACAUGGAGACAGACAACAAGUGCUUCUACCGUGAGUCCCCACUAUACCUGGAAAGGUUUGGGUUCUAUAAAUAUAUGAAAAUGGACAAGGAGGAAGGAGAGGAAGAUGAGGAGGAAGAAGUUCAGCGUAGAGCCUUCCUCUUCCUCAACCCAGAUGACUUCCUGGAUGACGAGGAUGAGCAGGAACUGUUAGACAGCCUGGAGCCCACCGAUGCAUCCAUACAGCAGAACCACAGGACCUCCACCCCAGCAGCCUCCACUGGAGCCACAGCCAGCCCAACCCCUCCUACAACUAGUCCUCCGGAUGAGCAGACCCUCAGACACUCCCGGGCACUAAAUUGGGCCCCACGCCCCCUACCCCUCUUCUUGGGGCGAGCUCCACCUCCCCGAACUGUGGAGAAGUCACCUUCAAAGGUGUAUGUGACCAGGGUACGACCUGGACAGCGGGCUUCCCCAAGGGCAUUGAGAGACUCACCCUGGCCACCCUUCCCUGGUGUCUUCCUGCGCCCCAAGCCUCUGCCCAGAGUACAACUGCGGGUGCCCCCACAUCCACCUCGGACCCAGGGCUAUAGGACCAGCGGCCCCAAGAUCACAGAACUAAAGCCCCCAGUCAGGGCACAGACCAGCCAGGGAGGCCGGGAGGGCCAGUUGCAUAGACAGGGACUCACGGUGCCCACGGUGGACUUGAACUCCUCAGUGGGAACACAGCCUGUGACUUCCUUCCUGAGCUUGUCUCAGGUAUCCAGGCCACAGCUGCCUGGAGAGGGUGAAGAAGGGGAGGAGGAUGGGGCCCCUGCUGAUGAGGCCACAUCAGAAGACAGUGAGGAAGAGGAGGAGCAGGCCGCUGGGCGACCGCUGGGCCGCUGGCGUGAGGACGCUAUUGACUGGCAGCGCACAUUCAGCGUGGGUGCCAUGGACUUCGAGCUGCUGCGCUCUGACUGGAACGACCUACGCUGUAAUGUAUCCGGGAACCUGCAGCUUCCUGAGGCCGAAGCAGUGGAUGUGGUGGCUCAGUACAUGGAGCGACUUAAUGCGCGGCAUGGCGGGCGCUUCUCGCUUCUACGCAUUGUGAACGUGGAGAAGCGCCGCGACUCUGCACGCGGAAGCCGCUUCCUCCUGGAACUGGAAUUGCAAGAGCGCGGAGGCAGCCGCCAGCGCCUAUCAGAAUACGUCUUCCUGCGAUUGCCCGGAGCCCGGGUUGGGGACGAAGAUGGAGAAAGUCCCGAGCCCCCUCCUGCCGCAUCGAUCCACCCAGACAGUCGCCCAGAGCUCUGCCGGCCUUUGCAUCUGGCCUGGCGUCAGGAUGUCAUGGUCCAUUUCAUUGUACCAGUGAAGAAUCAGGCACGCUGGGUAGUGCAGUUCCUGGCAGAUAUGACCGCGCUGCAUGUGCAUACGGGGGACUCCUACUUCAACAUCAUCUUAGUGGACUUUGAGAGCGAGGACAUGGAUGUGGAGCGGGCCCUGCGUGCGGCUCAGCUACCUCGGUACCAGUACUUGAGACGAACUGGAAACUUCGAGCGCUCUGCAGGCCUGCAAGCUGGAGUGGAUGCAGUGGAGGACCCCAGCAGCAUCGUUUUCCUCUGUGAUCUGCACAUCCACUUCCCACCUAAUAUCCUGGACAGCAUCCGCAAGCAUUGUGUGGAGGGCAAGCUGGCCUUCGCCCCUGUGGUCAUGCGUCUGGGCUGUGGGAGCUCACCGUGGGACCCACAUGGUUACUGGGAAGUGAAUGGAUUUGGCCUCUUUGGGAUCUACAAAUCGGACUUUGACCGUGUAGGAGGCAUGAACACUGAGGAGUUCCGUGACCAGUGGGGAGGCGAGGACUGGGAACUUCUGGACAGGGUCCUGCAGGCAGGGCUGGAGGUGGAGAGGCUUCGACUGCGCCACUUCUACCACCACUAUCACUCAAAGCGAGGCAUGUGGGCCACACGCAGCCGCAAAGGUGCCCGCACACAGCGAUCCUGAAGACCUAGCCGCCCUCUGGGCCACUGGGUCUUGGUGCAGCAGGCAGAAGCUGCAUCCUGAGCUUGAUUCAGGCUCUGCCACCACCUGUGCUGGCCCCUAAAUGCCUCCUCUGUGACUCCAGAUAGGCAGCGCUCGUGGCAGGGCAGGCCCCUUGGUCCCCACACCCCCUGAUGAUUUCUGUGAAAUUUUCUGUAGCAAUGACAUUGUUUUCAGAAUUUACAAGAGUUCUGUCUGUUCUGUUUUUUAUUCAGAAUGAAAUGAAAUAUUUUUUUUAGUUCUGA